CACGGCAAAGGAACCAGGGGAUGCUUGGGUAUAUAUAGGUCGCAUCAGUCAGUAUGUGUGUGGGGCAGAGGAGGAAGACUGCUGAGCAGCACAGUAGCCUGGACUGCAGCCUCCCAGAGGAGCCGAGCAGACAGAGCACCAUGAGCAGGACCGCUGAAAACUCCUUGGAGAGCUGCCUACGGCUGCUCAGUUGCCAUUUCACCUGGAACUUGUUAGAGGGAGAACGUUCCUUGGACGAUAUCGAAGACACGGUGUGUCACCAGGGCGAGCAGCAGAAGAGUGAGUUCAAAGCCACCAAGUCCAACCUGCUGGCCUACAUAAACCACCACCGAGGCCGCAGCCAGGAGGCGCUGGCGUGCUUGCAGCGAGCAGAGGAGUCCGUCCAGCAAGAGCACGGGGACCAGGCAGAAAUCCGCAGUCUGGUCACCUGGGGCAACUACGCCUGGGUCUACUACCACCUGGGCAGGCUCUCAGAGGCCCAGGCCUACGUGGACAAGGUCAGACGAGUGUGCGAGAAGUUUUCCAGCCCCUACAGAAUGGAGAGUCCUGAGCUGGACUGCGAGGAGGGCUGGUCUCAGUUGCAGUGUGGAGGAAAGCACGUCGAGAGGGCAAAGGUGUGUUUUGAGAAGUGUCUGGAGAAGAACCCGAAGAACCCAGAGUUCGUCUCGGGACUGGCAAUCGCGAGCUACCAUCUGGAUGAACGGCCAGUGCCUCCGAAUCCCAAAGAGGCGCUGAGGCAGGCCAUUCGGCUGAACCCUGACGACCAGUAUCUCAAAGUCCUCCUGGCUCUGAAGCUUCAGAAGAUGAAGGAGGAAGGUGAAGGAGAGAGGUUAGUUGCAGAAGCAGUGGAGAGAGCCCCGUAUGCCACGGAUGUGCUUCGCGGUGCAGCAAUGCUGUAUCGGAGAAAACAUGACUGGGACAGAGCCAUCAGGCUGCUCAAAAGGGCCGUGAAACGCUUGCCCCACAACGCCUACCUGCAUUACUCCAUCGGGAUGUGCUACAGGGCGAAAGUGCUCCAGGGUCAGAAGGGAGUUUCGGAUGGAACGUGUGGGGAAGGAGAGGACCUCUGGCAGCUACGGGGACAUGCUGUGGAUCAUCUGAAGAAAGCCGAUGAGCUCAAUGGAAACCUCCCCCACGUCUGCUCCUAUCUUGCCUGCUUCUACGCACAGGCCCAUCAGUAUGAAGAAGCAGAGUAUUACUUCCAGAAAGAAUUCAGCAAAGAGCUCACGCCUGUAGACCAGCAAGUGCUCCAUCUACGAUACGGCAACUUUCAGUGGUAUGAUAUGAAGUGUGCGAGCAAAGCCAUCCAGCAUUUCAUAGAAGGUGUGAAAAUUAACCGUGACCCACAGGUGACGGAGAAGAUGAAGAACAAACUGCAACGUAUUGCCCAAACCAGGCUUUCUAGAAGGAGAGAGGAUCCUGAGACCUUGCAUCUUUUGGCAUUUCUUCAGAAGCUGAAUGGGGGAAAGUUACCAGUAGAUGAAAACUCUGAGAGGGGUUUGGCCUCUGGACGCCUCAGCCCUUCAGCAUCUCUAGAGGAGGAAUGAGGGGUCUGGAUGUGGUGCCCCUAGGGCUACUCCUGGGAGGGAGCUGAAACCCUCCUCGCAGCUGGUAUCAAAAUAUUUUGACAACAUGUAUGGCACAGAACUGAAUUGGGUUAUGGAAAAACUCUGUUGGGCCAAAGGCUAACACUUGAAUUGCUCAGGGAGUUCCAGGAGAGGAAGUAGACUAAGGGUAGAAUAGGGUGUCCUGUGACUUAGUAAAAGGGCCGUUUCCCAGUUGGCAUGUGUGACCCUGGGCCACUUUCACAAUGCUUUUCCAUCCAGUUAUUUGAGAUCCUGUCCAGGAAUGUGCUCUGUCCAUCCAAAGGCAGGGACACCAAAGUUUAGAUAGGCCUGGAUGUGCACUUUCGGUUCCUUCUGCCUUCUUUCUCCUCUGCCCCAGAUAAUCCUUCAUUUAGCCUGUCCUACAACAGCAGUCCAGUCGUCCUAUUAACUGAGGCGGGAACAUAGUUUGAAUAAUAGAGAGCAGAGAAUCAGUCAAAUCUUCAAGGGACAUAUCUCGGAGGAGCGAUGGGGUGAGUCAGUCACAGCAUAGAGGUUCGGGAGGCACAUGGGGAGAUUUCACCUCCACUCCUGUGAUCGUAAUACAUGUGAAGAAUUUUCUUUUUUUAAAGGAUUCUGUACGGUAUGCUAGAAAACAGAAUAACAUAUCUCUUUAAAAAGUGUUUGGAGAAUUUAUAUUUUAAGUCAAAUUUAGAUUCCUCCCUAUUUAUAGAUGCUCAUCACUCUCUCCCAGUGUUUGUUCCUGAGACUUCAACUGGACAACACUGCUCAAAACUGAAAGACUUUGCAUGCCAGUGUUUUUAUUCUUGCCACUGUGAUGUUAGAGAAAUUACUCUUCUGCUCCUGUUCAGCUCAAUCAUGUAUUCUUAAUCUUAGUCGUCAUUUGUAUUUCAUUUUCUUUUUUCCAGGUCCCUUGGAUUAUAGUGCCUCUGUUACUGGUUUUUAAGAGCUUGUUUAUGACUGAAGAUGUUAACCAUUUCUCAUGGGGUUUUUUUUUGCUAUUAUUUUACUGUGGUGUUUUAUUUUUUGGUUGUACCAAAGUUGUAUAUUAAAUAUAAUCAUGUUCUGUUAAAAAAAAAAAAAAGUGUAUGGAGAAAUAAAUGUCUCACCAGUGGGAACAGGAAAAGACAGAGGGGAAUGCUGGUUUAUCGCUGCAGAUUGUAAUCAGAUGGAGAAAUUUUCAUUUUCUUAACCAUUAUUAGGAAAAGUUCUGUAUAGACUGAAGACUUACUUUGUUUAGGGAAAAAGAAAAGAAAAAAAAAAGCUUUGAUGACUCCAGUUUCAAAGGAUAGGAAAGCAGCAGAAUAGGGAAUUAUUUGGUGGCUAAGGACCUAGUGAAAGAUCAUGGGAAAUGACACCAGUAAUGAAAGGUUUUCCCACUAAUGGAAAUAUUGUAAAUUUGCUGAUAUGAAUAUUCUCUUAACCCUGAAAAUUGUUAUGAAAGCCUCCAAAUUAAUGGUAUGUUUUGGGUGAUUGAAACUUUGUAGGUAGACACUGAAUAGCCUAUAAUGUCAAGGUUGGUGUGACCCAAAACAUGGUCAGCUGACCCAGGACGAGACCAUCCAUCACCCUCUGGGUUGCAAAAUGUUGCUGUUGGAAUUAGUUUACAUUUAAAAGGUGUUA